AGACACCAUAGUAGAUUAGAACAAGUGUAGAAGAAAACGUUCCUAUGUGCUUGUCAUUGACGUCAAUAUAUGCAAAUAGUGAGGGGCUUUCAUCUUUCAACCACCGCAAAUUCUUGUCGUUUUUUCAUCAUCUGAGUCUGUUUCUAGUACUGUGUCCACCUUUUCAAACAAGAUCGCCCAGAAGAAGGAACAACUCAUCUUCGUCCUCGUCCAAGAGUUGUAAAUUUAACAGUUCAUAAUUGGAAACUAUGUCAGCGAAAAAGGGCGCAUUCGCGACUUUCACCACGGAGAGAAAGGGCGGAUGGAAGUUCUACCGCGCGGCAGACCUGCUCACGAGCCUGCCACACCGCGCACACGCGUACGUAGAGCGGGUGGUUUUGGAGUACCUGAGCGCGCAGCCGGACGUGAUCGACUUGAUUGCCCCCUUGUCCUCUGCCUUGAUCGAAGGUGCGGCCGCGGAGGAGGUCCCUCCGCCGCUAAAGAAAGUGAUGAAGAAAUCCGCUGCUGCCCCAGUGCCAAAGGCCGACACUGAAGACCACGACGACAUGGAGGCGCGCAACAUCUCUACGGAUGACUCCGCACUGAUGUCCGGUGCGGCAUCCUCUUCCAAAAAAGCGGACGAGCAGCCUGUGCUACCGGUGCCGCCCGAAGAGGACGAAGAGAACAAUGCGAUCAAGACUGCGGCGUCUCAGCUCGCGAAAGUCACAGUUGGGUUGAGAAUUGAUACGGUAGAGGGAAAGACUCUCGAGAAGUGGCUCGAAGUCGACGAGGAGUACAUGCCGGUGGACAUGGCGAUGCAGUGGAGCUGUGAAUUAGUGGAGAGUGUGGCCUUGUUGCAUAAGCAGCACGGUAUUUCGCACGGGGACUUGAAACCGGAGAACAUCCUGGUCGAGAGCAGAUCCAGGCAUUUAAAACUGGUCGACUGGGGAUGCGCAACUAUCAAAUGCAAAAAUGUCUGGGUCUGGAGGGUUGGAACUUGUGAUGCUGACUUUGGACUCUAAAAAAGUCUGUAUUGCAUGACCAGCAAGAGGAGUCUAGUUUGUGCUACGCGGGGAGGGCAUUUGUCAUGCGGAGUCGGCAUCAGGAAGCCCUCUAAAGAUCUGUGAUGCUAGGUCGUGCAUUACAGACAUCCUCGGCCAUGCAAAACAUGCAUGACAAACCCGGCAACAUUCCAGACGCAGACACAUUUGCAAGGGAUAGCAACUUGGGGCAAGCAAAACACGAAAGCUUCGAAGUGUGCCGCCGGCACGUUGUACUACGGAAGCCCGGAAAUGUAUCGCAAGAAAAAAGUCUUACAGUUAAACAUUUUGUUGCAAGACCGGCAACACAGAUAACCUUUCUCAUGCAGGAAAUGCUUGGGAGCCUCGUUUCCUUCCUGUUUUCCCUCAUGAUCUUCGCAUUACAAGGUUUCCCUGCCACACAGCGAAAGUUUGUGAUGCAGAAACUCCAACAAGUGUGUACCUGUAACACUUUUUUCUUGUGAUAAAACGUGGGAGACGCUUCUCUCUCCCGGAGGUCCGACCUUCGACACCAUCAAGAACGACGUGUUUGCGGUCGGCAUGAUUCUCGCGCAGAUUUGGCACGCCGUCGACUGUAAGCGGGAAGGCGCCCUGGGCUACAAGUGGGACCGCUACGUCGAGAACAUUGACACCCAACACGUGACGCAGCACCACUUGACUGCCUUCCGCACGUCGAUUGACAAAGCCGUGGGGACCGGGUUUCCGCACCUCCAGCGGAUUAUCAAGUGCAAAAAUGACUGGGUCUGGAAGAGUGCAUCUUUGUCAUGCUUGUCUGCCAUGAGCCUCAAAUCUCUCAUGCACGUUACCCAAGAGCUCCACUUUUCUGUGAUGCAGAAACGCAGUUUGUCAUGCAGAUUAGGCAACACCUAGAAGCUGAGGAACUUGUCAUGCUGAGCCAGCAUUUGUGGCCUCAUCAUGAGACGCCACCCAGCAUCACAAGUUUCCAGACCCAGACAUUUUUACACUUGAUACGGAUGCCCAAGUUCUGGCGAGACUGGAUUUCCGAGUGUGUCGGCCAGCCGCAGCAUUCGCGCCCGCGCUUGGCGUAUCAACUGUAAAAAUGUCUGGGUCUGGAAGAGUCAUGCUGUUUCUGCAUGACACAGAAGGUCUGUCAUGGAAGCUCUAGCAUCACAGGUUUCGAGAAGCUUCCGCAAUGCCGAACCCGCAUGACAAAUCCCCCAUUUUGGUGACAGAAAGUGCGCAGCUUUUGCUACCUAUGCAUGAGAGAUUUUUGUGUGUUCUGAAAUGCGCAUCACAAGUUGCAUUCUUCCAGACCCAGACAUUUUUACACUUCAUAUGGCGGACAUUGUGGACCAGAUCAGGACGAACAAAAAGUUGGGCAAGGUGAUAUCAAAUGUAAGAAUGUCUGGGUCUGGAUGAAACUUGUGAUGCUGGGUGGCGUCUCAUGAUGGGGCCACAAGUGCUGACUCAGCAUGACAAGUUUCUGAGCUUCUAGGUGUUGCCUAUUCUGCAUGACAAACUGCGUUUCUGCAUCACAGAAAAAUGGAGCUCUUGGGUAACGUGCAUGACAGAUUUAAGAGUCACGCCAGACGAGCAUGACAAACAUGCAUUCUUCCAGACCCAGACAUUUUUUCGUUUGAAAGGUGACCAAGAGAUACCAGACCGUGGAGGCGCACCACUACCUGCGUUCCACUGAUGUGGCGGCCACCCAUAUCAAAUGCAAAUAUUUCUGGGUCUGGAAGAGCCAAACUUGUGAUGCUGCAUUUGGAUGCUAAAAAAAUCUGUAUUGCAUGAGCAGCAAGAGGAGUCAAAUUUGGCUACGCGGACAGGGCAUUUGUCAUGCAGGAUGCGCAUCGAUAGGCGCUCAAAAGAUCUGUAAUGCUAUGGCAUACAUCACAGACAUCAUGGAUCAUGGAAAAUGUGCAUGACAAACUUCUCCUCUUCCAGACCCAGACAUUUUUACAUUUGAUAACCCAGGGCGGACCAAAUCUUCAGCCCCUCGACAAGAGCCUCACUGCGCCUCCGUUGGAAGAACUCUUUGGCCUGUGGCCUCUCAUGUCCGCGUCCGGCAAGAAAAUUGCGGUGUCGAUUCCGAACCGCCAGCAGAAGCUCGUGAUCAAACAGUACGCCAAGAAACCCACGAAGCACCAGAAGGAGUUGGCGAAAAAGGCUCAGCGGGUCAUCCGUCGCGCAGCCGGUCUUUCUGACUGAGAAGAGAGCCGUGUUUUUGAAAGAAAAGAUCCAUUUUUGAUGACUCUUUCAUUCUUUACCAAUGGAAAAAAUGAACCGAGCGAUCCUGACUGGAACUAAAAUAGUAUACUCAUUCAAUAUCUUUAUCUUCAACGCGUAACACUGUCUAACCACUACACUUGACGACCCCCUCUCUUUGUCACGCGAUGGCACAGGAGAAAAUUUUCCGAGACGGUGCAGGCUCGCUGUUUAGUUUGGAAGCUAAGUACGAAGAUGUAUCAAUCUUCGCGUUCUUCAGGUUCACAAAUAUAAAAACUGGCGCGAGGAAUUUCCCAUUACUUUCGUGCCUGUCAGCAUGAUUCAAUCAUACGUAUCAACACAGC